AAAAAGACAGUCGGAUCGCUUGAACAAAAAACCAAACAACUCAUCUUGAUGUUCUUAAAGGAGAGAGAGAGAGAGAGAGAGAGAGAGAGAGAGAGAUCAGUCCAUUGAACGAAUAGGAUGGGUCAUAAUUCUCUCCCAAGAAAACACUGAUUAGCGGACCAAAUACAACCAACAUGAAAUUUGAUAAAUUUAGGGCGUCUAUAAUUCUUGUACUUGGAUGUAUAUAUCCCCGGUGUGGAUCCAAAAUACACAGAUAAGUAGUUAUUUUGUUGUAUAUUGUUUAAAUGCUCGAGAAUUUUACACUCAUAAGGAGACGUCACCAUUACGGGUGUUCUAAGCGCCUAUGCUCGGCGCUUACGGCCUUUGAAAAGGGAGGGAAGUUCUCUAUUUACUUCAUCGCUCGUGGCGGGAGUGACCGAUCGACAGGGGAUGCUUACUCCUCUUAGACACCUGUUAUCACCGCUGGUGUUUCGUUAUAGGAGUUAUGAGAUUGAUUAAUGUUCGUUAUCUUCACUUUUUCAUUAUUAUAAUAAGCAAUGAGACCUCUUUUAAAACUGUUGAAAAUCAUUUGCCAUGGGUUCCGUCACUGGUGGGUCUAGGUUGUUAUAUUGAAGAUGCAUUAUGUAUUAAAAUGGUCAUUAUUUCUGAGUAACUAGUAGUCAAACUGUUUGCAUAACUAUAACAUUGACUUUGCAAUGAGCCCUCUUUGCUCUACGAAAUCUUAGAAAACCAUGCUACCUGGAUUGAGACCCAGGUUGGGGAAAUGUUAAACUUAUAUCAAGAAUGUAUUGUAUACAUGUGUCAUUAACAAGAGGCCCAUGAACAUUAUCGAUCACCUGAGAAUUAGUCAAAAGAAUCUCUAGUCCCAAUGGCUUUCCAAUUUAUAUAACAUUUGCAAUCUGAAUAUCUAAAUUAAAUUCUAAUUGUGGUAUUUUCAGUUCAACUUUUAGUUCUGAAUUUCUAUUUUGAUGUAAAUUAUUCAUCCAUUUUAUUUUACCACAUCCACUUCAUCUCUCAGCCAAGAACUUUAAUUGAUGUUUCUUAUGUCCAAGUUACUAUGUAAAGCCAUGCAGUGGACAAUUCGUCGAUGCGAGACAGUUGACAUUGCUAGCUACACUUCCAUUUUUUCCUAUACUGAAAUCACGUGUUCUUCGUCUGUUUUAUCCCUUUUUACUUACUAAUUUACAGUAUUAUCUUAAGGGUUGGGAAAUUUCCAUAUAAUAUAGUUUAUAGGCUAAAUUCUAGGCUUUAGGGGUGUGUGUUGGUAAUAUACUGUGGAAUCACCAUUGUUCGUGGGGGAUUGAUGUUCGUGGCUCACUCUUACCCACGAAUUUACCUGUCGUCGACCCUUUUUUUUUUAAACAAGUAGAGUUAUCUCUCCUAGUAACAACGUAUCGCUUACCCACGAAAUUACGUCCCCACGAACCAGCAAAAUUUUGCUUACCCACGAGCAUUGACCCCCACGAAUUAAAGUGAUUCCACAGUAUUCUUAAAGUGUUGUAAUCUUAUUUUCAUUUAUAUUGAGUUUGUUUAUUCAAGUUUCUAAUCAUAGUGUAGUUACACAUGUAGGUCGUUUCGAAGUCGCAACUAUAAACUGAAAACAAACACAACGCGAAGUACAGAUUAUACGAACCCCAGACCUGCUACAUCAUUUGGUCGACCGUGACCAGGAUAGGAUUUCCAUCUUUAGAUGAAGCCAUUGCAUUUGCUGUCGAGUUCGAAGAUUUUAUUGAGCAAAUGCGUAUUUUCAAAAGAACAUUUAUGUGAUUUCGAUAUACCAGUUAAUACAAAAUCUGUAAGAGCCGUUAUUCGUAGAGAAAUCCAAGUCCCUCUUGAUUUGUGCGCUGUCAAUGAACAGAAUAAAGUACUGGAAAAUACUGCUAUAUUUCAGACUAAGAAUGAUCCUGACUGUGCGUCAAAAUCAAAGCAAGAUAUCGGUAAACUCACAAUGGCUGAUGUUGGGGUCGUAACAUUCGAAUCUAGAACGUUCGCACGUGACAUAACACAGUAAGCCACCCAUAAUUUUGACGAGUAACGCACAGAACGAAAACUGUCGAAAACUUAAUAUCGAUAAUCAUUUCAUUCUUAUCACAAAGUUCAUGUUAGUAAAUGGAAUGAAUUUCUUAAACAUAACGAUAUUUGCGAGUCGGAGUUGAAAUCGGCUUGUAUUGCGCCUUCUUGGAAUCCUGAGACAAAGGCAUUCAUUCCUGUAUCGGAAUUUGUUUAGAACAUAUCCAGUUGAUAAGUUGGACGUGUGUUCUGUUAUUGAAUGGAAACUUGAUAGGAGGACUGUUCCCCUUGGUCAAGUUCGUUCGUUGGGAAAGAGCCAGUGCACAAGCACUCUGUCGGUCCGUUAUGGAGUGGAAUCAUUGGUAUUGUAUCCUUACCACAGACCGGAAUUUUUAAAAUGUAUGUUAGAUAUUUGACUUCUUGUAGUAGUCAUGCGGGUAGUGUUACCCAGGUGUACGAUGAACUGGAUAAUGGUACAGGUACAAAUAUGAUGCACAUAUAAAUGUGUGCACAUAUCUUGAGUGUUCUUCUUCUUUAAAAUUUACCAAGUUUAUUUAAAACGCGCAAACUCUGAAAGAUUAUUGGCCCAAUAAUUUCUAUUCCCUGUCAUAUGAAUGCCAAAUUAUUAUAAAUCGCAGAACUUCAGCAUAUUAGAUAAAAUAAAAACGUGAAAAGUUUAAAGGAUUAGUCAAAUAGUUCCUACCCCUUGCCAUAUGAAUGAGAAUUCUGGGAUAUGAAAUUAUUAUAAACCGCGUAAAAUUAGUAUAUUACAUAAAAUUUUGUUUAAGUUUAUCCCCCCCCCCCCAAUUUACCAGUAAUAAUGACGGUGCCCAUGUUUACUUUUUCUAAUUAUUUCUUGUGCUUUUGCUAAAUGAAAGGUGAAAAUAACGAACAGAGAUCAAUAUCAUACAUGUAACUCCUAUAAGCAAUACAAAAUAGAUAGCUGGGCAAACACAAUUUGUUGUUAGUUGUCAGUUUGCCGUUAAUAUCUACUUUCAAUAAAAUAUCCAAGUAUGAAGCAGAAGUGGACGACUCUGUGGUGUCUUUUAUUUCGAGUUCACUGGGAUAUAUCGAAUCGACAUAUGAAUUAUUGUUAAUAGAUAAUACGUCGUUGAUAUAUCUAAAUGUCGAAUUGAAGGCCACAGCAAGAGAUGUUUUCUUCUCACGUUGAAGGUUUUUUUUAAUAAAUUCUGCUUCAUAGGAAUAUAAAAACAGGUCAGCUAACAAAGGAGCACAAUUUGUGCCCGUGGGAAUUCAAACAAACUGUUGGAAGACCUGAUCACCAAAGACCACGAAGAUAUUGUCAAUGAGGAACUCAGCAUAUUUUCUAUUUCAACUUCAGAGUACUUGUGCGUGGAAUCUGAGUGGUGUUUAACAAAGUAAUUUUGGAUGGUUGUUCGUGAGGAGCAAAGAGCAAAGCUUGGUAGAACAUCUAUGUGUCUAAAACUAGAGCAUUGGUUUUGAAGAAUUUCGUCUUUUGAAAAGGCAGUUGGAGUAUAAAAACUAUUACCAAAAGUGGAAUUAAUGCUAAGUUUAAAAUACAGUUGUAAUAAUGAGCCCUACAAAGACAUUGUUGUUACAAGCUUUGUCCGCUGGAACCAAAACAUAUUCCUCAUGUAACCUAUCGAAUUCUUCUAUCACUUCUGGUUUACUAAACACAGAAGGAUAGAUGGUACGUACUUUUGUUUUAAUAUGUUUAAUGCGGGAUUAUAAUAUUCCUCUUAUAAUUUUAAUCCACUCUGACAAUGUACUAUGUUUCAAUAAAAUAUAUGAGUAUGAAGCAGAAGUGGGGGACUCUGUGGUUUAUUUUAUUUCGAACUCACAGGGAGGGAUAUAUCGAACGACAUACAUGUAUGAAUGAAAGUUAUAUCUAAAUGUCGAAUUAAAGGUAAUUUUUUCUUCUCACGUAGAAGUUUUUAAAUACAUUCUGCUUCAUAUGAAUAUAAAAACAGGUCACCUAAAAAGGAGCACAAUUCGUGCCCAUGGGAAUUCCAACAAACUGUUUUAAGACCUGAUCACUGAGUGACAAACGGAGAGGGGGCAGACUGCUGUCAGCAACCGUGUCCAUUCAUAUUUUGACAAUCUUGAUUAACUCUAAAAUUAAUUUUUAAUUGAAAUCUUGAAUAUAUUGUGUACCAUAUUCCGUUCAUAUAUGAUUUAUGACACAAAUUUCCCCUAUGAGAUUAGAUCCAGUCUAUAAAGAGGGUGAUUCGAGUCAAAAUUAUAGGAUCAUUUAUGACUGUACCACUAAGAAUAACUAAAAUUUCACCAUAAAACAUUAAUGCAGAAAUUUUUUUUCUACAGAGCAAAUAUUCAACCCACCUUAAAUACUUUCUGCAACAAAAGUCGUCAUCUGUGAAGUCGGACUGAAGUGUCUCUGGCGCACGGCGUUGCCUGAAACUUGAAACGAUCGUUGUAGCUGUUACAUUUGAUGGCAAUAAACCAAUACUCUUUCUAAAGCUUCAUUUCUCGGGAAGCAUACCAUCGGCCACCCCCACCCUCCUUUGUGGGCCGAUCAUUCCGGCACACAACAAAGAGCUUAGACUCUCAGAGUCAUAAAUCUUAUAUACCGCCACCUAUAUUUGAAAUAGGAGAAAUAACUGACAAAUAUUGGCAAUUAGAGCUAGUUUAUCCUGCAAUUGCUAGAUAAAUAUAAUUAUGUAACAGUUUGUACCUUACCUCCUGAUCCCGUGGGGAUCUGGGCUAGAAUAAGUCCUCAGUACCCUUGCUUGUCGUAAGAGGCGACCAUAUGGGGCAGUCCUUCGGAUGAGACCGCAAAAAAACCCAAGGCCCCGUGUUACAGCAGGUGUGACACCAUAAAGAUCCCUCUCUGCUCAAAGGCCGUAAACGCCGAGCAUAGAACUAAAUUUUGCACCCUUCACCGGCAAUGGUGACGUCUCCAUAUGAGUGAAAAUUUUUCGAGCGGGACGAUAAGCAUACAAUCAACCAACCUUGUCUACCGUCGCCUGCCUCCCCCUUUUAUGUGACAAAAUCGCUUCAAAAUUUCAUAUUAAGUCAUGUAUAGGACCCUGAUACAUAAUAUAUCUGGAAGAGUGGAAUGAAGUUUCAGAUAAACUGGCCUGGAUUUGCCCUAUAUAAGAAUGCAUUUAAAUUAUGCAUUGGCGCACUGUUCUUUACAAUAUAUCCAUGCAAACCCUGAACCUCAAUUGCAUCCUCACCAAGAACCAACGUUUCAGCAAUUUAUAAAUUGCAUUUUAAAAAGAUUUUUUGAAAUUUCAUUUAGAAAAUUGAGGCACACGAUGUUGCGCGUGAAUUCACCACUUGUGACUUCCGGUGAAAUAUCGAGCCCGAUACAUGUGAUAAAUUUUCAUACGCCGAAUUUAACUAGCCAAGGAUUAUGAUUCGGGUGACCUAAAACUCAAAAUAGACGAACAUAUAUGCGAAAUAUCGUGCUUAACAAGCGUAGUUGUUUCAACGUCUCCUAUUCUAUAAAUACUAGUAUAAAUCUGGCACGUAUCCACAUUUUUUUGUAUGGAAUAUUCUCAGAAAUGAAGUAAAACAACAACUUUGCUUGGAGUAUAUGUUGCCAAAUAUCAUCACAUGGUGCCGAAUACGGCUUUACGUAGUCUCAAAAUCCCCAAUCGCUUUGAAAAGUAAAUCUUGUCGCAAGAAGCACAGAUACCUCUUGAUUAGAUUUUAAUGAAAAAUUACACUUAUUGAUUUUCCUUAAUGUGUAAAUUGCGCAGAUUCUUUAACUUUCUUAGCAAAAAAUUUUGAUCUUUAAAUGACUUUUCGUAGAAAGCUUAUGUGGCAUUUAACUUGCUAAAUGGCAGCUUCUGUUCCAAAUGGCAGUUUCUGUUCCAAAUUGAUAUGGGCGUCUUUUAUUUGUAAAACAUUUUGUUAUUAUUAAUAACUUCCGGAACUGUAAAUCGUUAGCAAAAACCUCAACAAUCUGCUGGUGAGCUCAAUAGAACGAUAUUAAAAACAAAAGAGUAAAGACUUAAAAAUAAAUACAAUACGGCAAUAUCAAUAUAGCACGCACGUCUUUUACGAAUUUUCACUCCAUUGAAUGGGAUAGUUUGAAGAACAAAUACAUGUAAUUACAAGAUGAAAAUCUGCCUGUACCAAUAAAAUAAGGUCAUGUUCUUUCAUUUCAUGAUACAAGAUUCAUCCCGCUCUUUGAGUUCAAUCUUUUAGUUAUGUAUUAUUCCAAAUGAAGACUAAAUCUGAAUCUCUACCCCCCAAAUUCGGAAGUAAUUUUCAGGGUUUUGCAAGAGGAGUGCAAAUCUAAAAUAAUAAUCAGCUUGUUUAUUUUAUACAAAGACAACGAUCAAAAUCAUUUGAAGUUGUGAGUUUUCAGGUCGUAUGGGGCUUUAAUGAAUAUUUGUAGGUAUGUUUGGCCACAUGUGUAGUAGGAAAAUGUGUUUCGAAUUUUUUUUAAUAUUAAAUUUAGGAGACAGCAACACAAGAAUACAACGAUAUCAGGCCUCAACCGUGCGCUUAUUUUUAUAAGGGGUGGAUCUGUACAUAUGUAGCUCUAUUUCGGCACAAUAUCUUUUCAGAGAGCUACAGUUCUGCAGCUAGAAAAAUACCAGAAGAGCACUUAGAAAAACAAUACGUCUUUCCUCAAAGGAGAUCCGGGAUAAAAUAGGUCCUCAGUACUCCUUGCGGGUCGUAAGAGGCGACUAAAUGGGGCGCUCUUAGGAUGAGACCGCAAUAAACGGAACCCAGGUCACAGCAAGUGUGGCACGAUAAAAAUCCCUCCAUCUUCAAAUGCUGUAAGCGCCGAACAUAGGCCUAAAUUUUGCAGCCCUUCAUCGGUAAUGGUGACAUAUCCACAUGAGUGAAAUUUUUUCGAGCGGGACGUUAAAUAAUAUACAACAAACCCAACAAUUUCUCAAUUUUCAUUGAUGUUUGAAAAAAAAAUCAGGCUGUUGAGCUUUGUAAAAUUUGGGAAGAUAUUUUACACACAGAGCUCAUGAUUUGUCUAUUUACCUCAUGUCAAAGUUUUUAAGUUACAUGCAGGACUAUUCAUUUCGAUUGGUUAGAGCAUAGCGCUCAAAAUCACACGGCCUCUCACCUCUGUCGGCGCGGGUUCGAAUCCCGCUAGCGCCGGUAAGGAAGACAUUUUCCCAGUUUACUUUCGGAAGGUCGGUGGAGACCAGGUACAUUGUAUCUGGGUUCACUCUUCCACCAAUAAAAACUGGGCGCCACCAGAUAACUGAAAAAUUCGAUGAUGAAAAAAAUAAGUCGCUGCUCCAUGAUGGCUAAUAUUAACUUAAUUGAAGUGCAACAACACGCCCUGCAUAAGCUCCUAGGAGGUGGACGUAUUACGUACCAUUUCCGUAUCAUGAUUUUUUAAGGGUUUGAUCCCUGCAUCAGAUUCCCUGAACAAUGAAUUUCUCAAUUUAGACAACAGUUAUCAUGGCGGGUAUCCCCAGUCUGAUUUCCAGGAGUCAGGAGGGUUUAAAGAAAUAGCGCAUUGUCACGUCAUGGACCUUAUACAUAUACCGCAUAAAUGGUAUUUAACGAUACAUAGAUUUAGCGAUUUUUCCAUAAAAUUUGGUACAAAUAUUUAGCGAGAGCUAAUCUGAGCGAUUUUAUAAUUCCAGGCAAGAUAACUAAACUAUGAUCUCCAAUAUGGAAUAAAUUGUUAGCGAUAUUCAAUUUUAGCGAUCUAAGCACUAUCGCUAAAAAUAUAAUAAUGCCAAAAUUAAAUCCUCGCUAAAUAUUCUGCUGAUACGGUAAGCCAUUCUAUCAUUUUCGCAACUUUGCUUACCAUGAUUAACCUAUUAUUUUAUGCUGAAGACUCGGGCGAAUAUAAGUUAAAAAUUUGUGGUAGGUAAUCCAAUACCUGAAGAUAAUUUCUGUGUAACCUUUGUUGUACAUGAUAUCACAAAUGACAUUGAAAAUUGUUUUGCUUUCACUCAUGUGCUGCUGUGUAUUCUUGUAACACUAAGUUCGAGGUCUCCCGAUAUGGCACAUUUUUUUUAAUCAGUUGGUCUCCUAUUACACGAUGGAACUGAGGGUCAUCCGGUAUGCCACGGGAAUGUUACAUAUCUCUCAUUGAUUUCAGCUUCCCUUGUACUAGUGGAGAUACCGAGCAUUCAUAUAAUAAGACCUAUAAAGAGUGCAAAAUUAAUAGAAGGACAAGAAUGGAUCCCUGGGUGUAGAAGAGGUGGGACCAGAUGCCAAGGAGUAACCAUUGUUGACCGAUAACACGCGCCGAGAUCAGGUAUUUCAUUGGUUUGUUACAAGCGCAAGUGAUCACGGGGUGGAUGGCAUACAAUGUGCUGAACGCCUACCUGGAGUGUGUGAAAUAAAUAUGAGAUGAAAUUGGCGUUUGAGAUAGAAACGUUAGGACAGAAGUAAUCAUGUCGUAUGUGUGCGUUCUGAACUUAUGGCUGCUGUGUGUCUGUGUGUGUUCGUUUUGUACGCUGUGCACCCCUGUUCCUAUUGAGCCGGUCAGAAGUUUUCAAGAAUACACAAGUGAUGAUAUUAUCGAUGACAUUCCAAAAACAAAACGAUCCGUUCGAUCAUGUAAAGGACACCCCAACGUUCUUCAGUGUAUCCGGGCGUAUUUCUCAAACAGAUUCAGACUCAUGCACCGAGCUGUGAAAGAUCCAGUCGAUCUGCGUAACAUUGGGAAACGCGCAAAUAGUUAUUCGGACUCUGAUGAAAAGGCACAGCCACGGUUGGAUCAGCUGAAUAGCUUGUAUGAUGGUUUGAUUAAGAAGGCAGCAAGUGAUUUUCGAAGUAUUGGCAAGAAGAGCGCAGCUGCUGAUUUUAGAAGUAUUGGUCGACGAAGUCUUGGUGCCGAUUUUAGAAAUAUUGGUAAAAGGUUCUAUGCUGCGGAUUGGAGAAAUAUCGGGAAAAGACUUCCUGCUGACUUCCGAAAUAUUGGCAAAAGGGGUUAUGCAACUGAUUUUAGGAGUAUGGGCAAACGGGGUUUCAAUGCAGAUUUUAGAAAUAUUGGUAAAAGAAGUUAUGCAGCUGAUUUCCGAAGUAUCGGGAAACGACUCGGAGUUGAGUUUCGGAACAUCGGGAAAAGGAUGGCAUCGAUUAAAGAUAAUGAUAUGGACUUCCGGGCUCUGACCUCAUUGUGUCCAGACCCGACUACGCUCGUGGAAUGUGCGGACAGCAUUGCAGCCAACACGUACAUAUGAUGACCAAUAUCAUCUACAUUGAAAUAAAUAAUACCAAGGAUUGUUUCCUCUUACGAUGUUUGACAGCUUAAAUUGGGCGGACAUCUGUUUUACAUAUUUUAAAUUAACUCCACAUAUACUACAUGCCUCAUCAAUCCAGAAAUAUCUUGAGAUAACGGCAACGAGUCCAAGUUCUGUGUUCAAUUCGUAAUGCUCUGAAUCCUUCUUGUAUUACAUACGUAAUGUAAAGUAUUUUUGAAUUUCUAAUUUUCUUUGUUUAAAUUUCUCUUAAUACUUUGUACGAGGGUUUUUCCUGAAACUUCGUCUGUGAAGAAAUCAGGUGUGAGGUAUUAAAGAUAUUUACUAAA